AAACGAUUGACGUGUCGUGGUCGACUAUUACCACGUUUUUUGUUCCCGUUUUAUAAAUAACGACAAAAUAUGGGCCUUUUAUCAAUUUUGAGAAAACUGCGUUCGAAUCCAGACAAGGAAUUACGAUUGCUUCUCCUGGGAUUAGACAAUGCGGGAAAAACCACGAUUUUAAAAUCUUUGGCCAGCGAAGAUAUUACGCAGGUGACACCGACACAAGGCUUUAAUAUAAAAAGUGUUCAAAGCGAAGGUUUCAAGUUGAACGUUUGGGAUAUAGGAGGUGCUCGAAAAAUUCGUCCCUAUUGGCGAAACUAUUUUGAGAACACGGAUGUUUUGAUAUACGUUGUGGACAGUGCGGACAUAAAGAGACUCGAAGAGACAGGUCAAGAAUUAACAGAACUCUUAUUAGAAGAAAAACUCAGAGGUGUUCCAUUAUUGGUGUAUGCUAAUAAGCAAGAUCUUGGACAAGCAGUUACAGCAGCCGAAAUUGCUGAAGGUCUUGGAUUGCACAAUAUCAAGGAUCGCGAUUGGCAAAUACAGUCGUGCAUUGCCACCGAAGGGAAAGGCGUCAAGGAGGGCCUUGAAUGGGCAUGCAAGAAUAUCAAGAGAAAGUAAUAAUGGCAUAAGAAUUACGACAAAGUCGAACGACUUACGAUAUAUCUUAUACAUCCAACAUACGUUUUAUUUAGCUUUUACCUAAUAUUUACAGAAGCUGUUACAGAGAACAUAAACGCAUGAACGCGAUCGAAUGGAUCUAGUGAUUGAAUUUCCGUCCUUCAUGGAAGGAGCUUUUCUAAGCUCAGAUCUACGAUGCUCCAAAGAAUAUAUUUGUAUCAUAAUGCGUGCUGUCUCACACGUGCUUUCCUCAUAAAAUAAAAUGUUUAUAGAUUCCUUUGGAAAGAAAUAAAUACAAAAGUGAUUUAAAAAAUGAUAGAGAUAACUACAACCGGUGCUUCUAUACCUAAUAGCUAUUAUCUUUACGACACUAUCGAAAAAUAUUUAGCACCGUGAAACUAAAAGUG